AUGCCAACUCAAUCCCUGUUGGUGUAUAUGGAUGGACCAGAAGUUAUUGGCAAUCCCCUUGGCACCCAGAUGGAGCUAGAUGAUGCCGUGUCAAUAAAAGGGACCACUGCUGUUCCUUUCAGAGCAACACAAGAGAAAAACAUCAUCCAAAUAGAAGGAUAUAUGCCCUUGGACUGCAUGUUUUGCAAUCAGACCUUCACACAUUCAGAAGACCUUAAUAAACAUGUCCUAAUGCAACAUCGGCCUAUCCUCUGUGAACCAGCAGUUCUGCGUGUUGAAGCGGAGUAUCUUAGUCCUCUUGAUAAAAGUCAAGUGAGAACAGAGCCUCCAAAGGACAAGAAUUGCAAGGAAAAUGAAGAAUUUAGCUGUGAAGUAUGUGGGCAGACAUUCAGAGUGGCUUUCGACGUCGAGAUCCACAUGAAGAAACAUAAGGACUCUUUCACCUAUGGGUGUAACGUGUGCGGAAGAAGAUUCAAGGAGCCCUGGUUUCUUAAAAAUCACAUGCGGACGCACACUGGCAAAUCCGGGGCCAAGAGCAAACUGCAGCAAGGCUCGGAGAGCCCGGCAACAAUCAACGAGGUGGUACAGGAGCAUGCCGCUGAGAGCAUCUCCUCUCCUUACAAAAUCUGCAUGGUUUGUGGCUUCCUCUUUCCUAAUAAGGAAAGUCUCAUCGAUCACAGGAAGAUGCACACCAAAGAAUCUGCUUCCGGUGCCAGUAGUACACAAACAGACUCUCAGCAGGGGGGAAUGCCAUCUCCGGGGGAAGAGUUCCUGCAGUUUUUAAACUUGAGACCCACCUCUCACCCCGAAACCGGCAAGAAGCCCACAAAAUGGAUACCUCAGCUCGAUCCAUUCACCACCUACCAGGCUUGGCAGCUGGCUACCAAAGGAAAAGUCGCCGUGUGCCGAGAAGUGAAGGAACAGCCGGGCCAAGAAGGAAGUACCGACAAUGAUGAUUCGUGUUCCGAAAAAGAGGAGCUUGUUGAAAUUUGGAACGCUAGUAAGAGCCAUUCCGAAGGUUCUGGAAAGUCCAAGACAAGUAAAAGCAGUUGUGCAGGCCUCGCACAAGAUAAAGAGAAGCCCAGACCCUCCAGUGGUGAAGUGCCUUCCGUGGAAGCGGACCCAAAGCUGUCCAGCAACAAAGAGAAGCCGACGCAUUGCUCGGAAUGCGGCAAAGCCUUUCGCACCUACCACCAGCUGGUCCUGCACUCGCGAGUGCACAAGAAGGACCGGAGGGCCGAUGCCGAGUCGCCGACCAUGUCAGUUGAUGGAAGGCAGCCUAGGACGUGUUCUCCAGACCUCACCGCCACCCUGGAUGAGAAUGGAGCCGUAGAUCGCGAAGCUGGUUCUGAGGAUGGAUCUGAGGACGGACUUGCGGAAGGGCUCCAGUUGGAUAAAAAUGAUGAUGGAGGAAAAAUAAAGCAUCUUACGUCCUCAAGAGAAUGUAGUUAUUGUGGGAAGUUUUUCCGUUCAAAUUAUUACCUCAAUAUUCAUCUCAGAACGCAUACAGGUGAAAAACCAUACAAAUGUGAAUUCUGUGACUAUGCUGCGGCACAGAAGACAUCUCUGCGGUAUCACCUGGAGAGGCAUCACAAGGACAAGCAGAUCGAUAUUGCCGCCGAAGUCAAGACGGAUGGGAAAAACCAGGAGACCGAAGAUGCACUACUAGCCGCCGACGGUGCGCAAACCAAAAAUUUGAAAAGAUGUUUUGAUGGUGCCAAAGAUGUUAAAGGCAGCCCACCUUCAAAGCCACUUAAGGGGAUGGCCUCUACCUUUCAGAAUGUUCUGGGCAGCACUGUCCAAUCACCAGUACACAGAGAUACUCAGGAUUUCAAUAAAAAUGCAGCUGAUGCCAGUACUGAUAAAGUGGGCAAAGCUCCUGCCCCCGCGGGUUUGGACGUGUUCCCGAAGAGAGCGCCGGGUGACCCUCAGCCCCCCGAGCCCGCCCGUAGGCUGGAGGCGGGGGUCCCUGCGCGCGCGGACAGCAGUGCGGCCCACGGUGCUGACGGCGGCCCCAGGGAGGAGCAGGUGGGCACGGUGGCCGACGGCAAGCACAGGGCCAGCGGGGACUGUCAGGAGAAACCGCUGAACCUGUCCCUCGGGGCGCUUCACGGCUGCCCCGCCAUUUCUCUGAGCAAGAGUUUAAUCCCAGGGAUCACCUGCCCGUUUUGUACCUUCAAGACCUUUUAUCCGGAGGUUUUGAUGAUGCACCAGAGACUGGAGCAUAAAUACAACCCCGACAUCCACAAAAACUGCAGAAGCAAGUCGGUGCUGCGCAGCCGGCGCACCGGCUGCCCGCCCGCGCUGCUGGGGAAGGACGUGCCCCCGCUGGCCCACUUCCCCAAGCCCCGGGCCAGGCCCGCGCCGCCCGCCAAGGCCGCGCCCGCCGACCGCGACCGCGGGAAGCCGGGCCCCGCCGCGCCUGCCAGGCCCCCGCCGCCCCCGGGGCUCGACCCCAGCACUUUAGCGCCCAGCAACCUGAAGGCGCCGCGGGCGCCGCACCAGCACCAGCAGCCGCCGCCGCCGCCGCCGCCGCCGCAGCUCGGGGGGGCUCAGGGGGUCGCCCGGCCAACGCAGGCCGAGCCCGCCAACCCGGAGAGGGGCCGGAGGCCCGAGGCCAAGCCCCGGGUGCCCGCCGCCGUCCCCGCCCCGCCCGGCGCCGCCAACGGCUGUGCGGAGCGCCCCUGGGCGCCGCGGGGCCGCGACCCCCCGAGCGGCCGCCCCGCAGAGCCCGGAGAGCCGCUGCCCAAGCGGCCGCGGCCCGACGCCGAGCCGCCGGCGCCCGCCUUCCGCCGGGCCUUCGAGUUGCCCAAGUACCACGUGGUGCGCGGCCUGCAGUCACUGCUGCCCGCCGAGUGCGUGCGCCCGCCGCCCGCCGCGCUGCCGCCCAAGCCCCGCGCCGCGCCCGCGCCGCUCUUCGCCUGCGGGCCCGCCGCCGACGGAAAAAGACCUGUGUCGUACCAACACUUGUCUAGCAGCAUGCUACAGAAGAGAAACUAUGAGAACUUUAUUGGAAAUGCACAUUAUCGACCAAAUGACAAAAAAACUUGA